UGAAGGAUGGAGGUAUUGUGUUUUUAUUUUUGUACAUGAAACUAUUUGUAAAAAUAUUUUUGUUCGAUCAUCUAUAGAUUUCCAUGGGAAAGCGCUAGAACGGGAGUGGAUGUUACACCUGAUUGUUGUCCAGAAGUACGUUUGUAUCAAAUGCAUAUUACCGGAGACAUAUCGUUUGCUGCUAGACAAUAUAUCUCAGCUACAUACGAUUUGGAUUGGUUACGAUCACAAGAAGAUCUUGGUGGAACAUUGGUACAUGAAACAGCUCGAUUUUGGGCAUCAAGAGCCGUUUAUAAUGAAAAGAGACAACAGUAUGAAAUCUUAAAUGUUCUACCUCCGGACGAAGAUGCUCAACCAAACAAAAAUAAUUCUGUGUAUACGAACGCAAUUGCAUCUUUAUCAAUUGAUCUAGCUGAUAAAGUUAGCUGUAUAACAAAUGAAAAUGUGCCGUCUCAAUGGCUUGAUAUUUCGAAAAACUUGUAUUUUCCAUUUAAUGCUGAAUCGCAAUAUCAUCUUGAGUAUGACAAUUUUGACAUAAAGAAUACGACAAUUAAACAAGCUGAUGUUGUUCUACUGGGUUUCCCGUUGAUGUGGCCGAUGAAUGAAGCUGUGAGACGUAAUGAUUUGUUAUUGUACGAGAAUCUGACGAGAGAUGAUGGUCCAGCCAUGACAUGGAGUAUGCAUGCGGUCGGUUUUAUUGAAUUGAACGACAUGCAAAAAGCCGAACAAUUAUUCAAGAAAAGUUAUGAAACAUACGUUAGGGAACCUUUCAAUGUUUGGACCGAAGCUCGAGCUGGUGUUGGUGCGGUAAAUUUCAUUACGGGUGUUGGCGGUUUUCUUCAAUCAUUAUUAUUUGGUUAUGGUGGUUUACGGCUCAAAUUCGAUCAAUUCGAGUUUUAUCCACAACUGCCUCCUGAUAGCAAAGAAAUGGUGUAUUGUGGCCUAAAAUAUUUGGGAAGCAUUUUGAAUUUGAAAGUAAACAUAGAUCAGUACGAAUUGCAUGUAAUCGAAUUAAAUGAAGAAAACGAAAUAAAUUAUGAAUAUGCAGAAAAUAAUGGCAAAUUAACAGUGUUAUUAAGCCUCUAUUUAUUUGUCUUAAUCGCUCUAUUUUGGCCUCAAUUGCACUUAUUCAUUUCCACCGAUCAUAAUGCAGGUCAGAUAUUAUCAUCACAACACGUGGACUCAGCAGCUUCACAUACUUCUGUGCCAUUGUCGAUGAUUCGUAGUUCACAAAUUGUCAAUCCACAUGAUUUCGAUUAUAUUAUAAAUCCUGGAAGCUCAGGUAUUUGUUCAGAUCAUAAUGAACUCUUGUUAUUAGUUUACGUACAUUCAUCCCCGGCAAAUUUUAAACGUCGUGAAGCCAUUCGUUUAACAUGGGCACAACAAGUAUUAUUUCCAAAUUUGAGAGUUGUAUUUAUGUUGGGCGCAACAGAAAAUGUAGAGAUAAUGCAACAAAUUAAAUUCGAACAUUCACUUUACAACGAUAUCGUGCAAGAAAAUUUUAUUGACUCCUACAAAAACCUAACAUAUAAAGGGAUAAUGGCAUUGAAAUGGAUUAGUUUAUAUUGUAAAAAUGUUUCUUACAUCUUAAAGACGGACGAUGAUAUUAUUAUUAACAUGUUUGUUGUUCUACAUCAUUUAUCAUUAAUUACCUAUGAAUAUCCGCAAGAAAGAUGGCGAUCGUCAGUAGCAUGUCUCCUAUGGACUCAUAUGAAAGUAAUGCGAGAUAAAACAUCAAAAUGGUAUUUAUCUAAAGAUGAGUAUCCACAAGAUUAUUUUAGUUCAUAUUGUUCCGGUUCUGCUUAUUUUAUUACAAGAGAUUUAAUCGAUGAGUUUUAUGACACAAGUUUAUACGUUAAAUAUUUUUGGGUCGAUGAUUAUUAUAUAACCGGUUUACUACCUCGUAAUUCUCGACGUUAUGUUACAUAUCAUUUUCUUAAUUCAAUUUAUAUUAUCAAUGUUGAUUUAGUUGAAGAAAGAUUUUUAAAACAAAUAGACCAACUUGUAUUUGGUCAUAUGCCUAAAUCGAUAAAUAAGAUUUAUCAACUAUGGACAUUAAUUGAAAAAACACAAAUUGAAAAAAGAAAUACAAUGAGAGAAAAAUAUCGUCUAAAACAUAUUUAG